GUUUCAUGCUAACGUGAGCAUGAAAUGUUAUGGUACAGUGUGACUGAGAACGAUUUUAGUAUAAAAAACUGUGAACAGUAUAGACCAUGAAAUGUUAGAGUAUGAAGUAGACUUCCUUCUAUAGUCCGCUCUUCGAAAUAUGUCGGUCGGCUUUACAGGUUAUAACGUCCGUGGCGUUAUAACCAAACCGUCGUCGUUUGGCGAUCGUAUCCGUUGCACUGGUUAAUGGCAUCGGUUUUCAAUAUUUCGAACGCGCAUCGUUUUGCCAUUUCUUGUUUGGCUGGCAACGAAAUCAAAAGUGACUGCAAAGUGUGCGCGCACAGAUAAAGAUACGUGGUACGAAGUGAACGAGCGAAUAUUCCUGUUUACAAAAUUGAGGCUUAAACAAAAAAUGUUUCUCAAAAUUUUAUUUUUCAACUGUUUGGUGGUACUGGCCAUUGCUGACAACUCCAUCAAUGCAGUGGCGGAUAAUGCACUACCAUCCGAUACGCACGUAGAACACUCAGUGUCUUUUGAGACUUCACACAAACGCCCAGAAGGAGUAGGAGAUGAUGCCUUCCAUACCUCACAUAGAAUUGGCAGAGAAUUUAGAGAUUUAGAACAAAUUUCGAGCAAUAUGAAUUUAUUACCGACAAAAGAGCGUCCAGAAUUGAACCCUAUUUUAAGCGCACUUAUAAACGAAGAUGUUAUGAAGAGCAUCGAAGCAAAACGUGCCAUUGAACAAGAAGAAUUGGAAAUUAUUAAAGCAGAAGCAGAAGCAGCCAUUGCUGCGGAAAAAAAAUUAUUAGAAAGCAUAGCUGAAGACAGAUCCAGUCAGGAUUACGAAAGCGCAACUGUGCAACCACUUACUGUUUUAACAACAGCAGUGCCUAAGCAGAAAGAUGAUCUCGAUGAUGAUAUUAAUGUUGGAUUUGUGGAUCAGACAAUCAGCUUAGAUGCAGCUGGUUCUGAAAACAAUAAGAAAUCCCGCAUAGAAAUAAAGAAAGGUCCAAAUGGUCUAGACUAUGAGUAUGAAUAUGUUUACUAUUACGAAGAAGAUGAAGACGAUAGUAAACCGAAAUCGGCAGCAACUGAUACAACUACAAAAUCUGAGCACGAUUCACGCGGCAAGUCUCGCUACAGUAACAUUGAGCGAAGCACCACAGCGAUACCGAACGAUAAUAGUUUAGUAAGUGGUAAGGCUAAGGGACGAUCAUCGAGUGUAUCUGAAACGAGUGCAGACUCCAUUGAAACUGAACGUUUGCCGACAAAUACUCGUUUUCCAAGUCGUGGCAAAAAUGCUGAUUUACAACCAACACCAGCUCUGGAUGCAACGGAGAACGCGGCUGAGAGAAAAAAGAUAAGUGUUAAACGACCAAGUUUGGAAUUGGUAGAUAGUGAAACAUUCAAUACAGACGAAAAGCAACCCAAGGGAACACGAAAUGGUGACACUGAAGCAAAGUCAGCAACAGCAAUUGAAAAGGAACAAGCAGCUGCUGCAGCGAAAACUAAAUCUAAAAUUGAUGCAGAUACAUCGGAAACUGUUAAUGAGAGUAAUGUUGAUAGUGCAACUGAAAAAAUCGAGGGGGAUAGUGAACAUACCACACAGUCAAUGGAAAAGGCUGCUUUGGAUUUGUAUGCAAUUUUGCAAAAUGAAAACUUUAACAUGGAUUUGACCACAGAUACCAAUUCAGAUGCAACUACUGUUUUACCAGACACUACAAAUACGGACGGAGAUGAUACUCUGACAACUCUAGUUGAUGAAGCAAGCUCAACGACAACUACAACAACUACUACAACAACCACAACCACUACAACAACAGAAACACCAACAACAACCACAACAACACAGGCUUCGCUUUUCGGAGGCAGACGACCUGGUUUACCUGGAAGCGGACGCAAUCGUUUCAAACUCAAUAAAGGUGCAGGUACAUCAACCACAACCACAACAACCGAAGCACCUGCAGCGGUUGAACCAACUAAGAAAAAUCGAUUCUCACGUCCAUCAGUUGGACGUACCAGAGGUUCAGCAAGAACUACGGCUGCUCCUGAAGCACCUGCAAGCAAUGCUGAAGAAGAAAUUGUAGCCAAAGAAGUUAAACCAGUCAGCUCAGGUUUUGGUAGAGGUAGACCACGUAAUCGUUUUAAUAUUCGCGGUUCAACGACAACAGUGAAACCAGCAGACGAUUCUAAUGAAUCAGCACCUGAAGAAGCAGUCUCCAGCACAACGGCACGCGCAUUACGAGCUCGUCCCACUUUGAAUUUGCGUGGUCGUAGCCGAUCAACAACAACUAAGGGUCCAGCUACUGAAGAUGAACAAGCUGAGGGCGCUGCAAGCUCUGAAGAAAAACCAGUUACACCUUCACAUGCUGCUCCAGUAAGGCCUUCACGAUUUAACAUUAACCGGGCGUCAGGAAGCAGAUUGCCAGCAAGGGGCAAAUUUGGUCGCACGACAGAAGCACCAAUUUCAGAUGAUUCAGCUGCUGAUAGCAGUCAUCACAAUGAUGUUAAACCAGCUGGAGAAGAUGUAGAAAAAAAUGAUUCAGAGACUACAGAGGGUGAGUCUCAAGGCAAUGGUUUAAAUCGUCUCAAAACUCGUCCACGCUUAAAUCCAUUACAAAAGACUGAAAGCAGUAAGCCAAAGGUAGCUGUUUCGCCCUUAGCAGCUCGCAAAGUCAAUCCUUUAUUAGCUAAGAGACGUCUACCACUUGGUGCUUCAACAACAGAAGCUACACCGGUGGAUGAAAGUUCGCCAGGUUCUUCCAAUGAAGCGGACAAUAAAGAAGAAACAAAUUCGACUGAUGAAGAUUCAGAUGGCGUUAAGGAAACAACUGAGCCAGUUGAAACGACAACAAAACAACAAGCACGUGGUUUAGGUUUACUGGGACAGAGAAGGCGUUUGCCACUGCGAAAGCCUGGCACAAUUUUGUAGAAAUCCAAACUUAAUUUGUAGCCAAUCCUUAGAACUUCGCAUUUGCAUUUUUCACCUGCGCUAACGCUUCGCUGGUGUGUAAGCACUAAGAUGGGCUGUUAAUAUUAAUUGAUACUUUACUUGUAGUUAGGUUUAAAUCAACGAAAUUUUAAUUUGGUUAUAUUAUUAUUUUUUACAUAAAAUUGUUUUAAUAUAAAUUUAUUUAGUUGUCAUAGAAUUUGUAAACAAACUCGAAGAGAGAAAUAAUAACAAUUUUAGACGUUAGAAAAAUAAAAAUUUUU